AUGGAUGUCUUCUCUGCGGUCUCGGGUUACAUCUCCAAGAUGGUGACCACGGGAGAUACAGCCACCGCGAGCUCCUCGUCCAAAAUGAAGAUAUUGCUGCUUGAUAGUGAGACCUUACCCAUCGUGUCAACUGCAAUGACCCAGUCCGCUCUCCUUAACCACGAAGUAUACCUCAUCGAUCGUCUCGAUAACCAGUCCCGCGAGCGCAUGAGGCAUCUCAGGUGUCUAUGCUUUGUCCGCCCUUCUCCGGACUCGAUACAAUUCCUCAUCGACGAGCUACGAGCGCCGAAAUACGGCGAAUACUAUGUUUAUUUUAGCAACGUUGUUCGCAAGUCGUCACUCGAAAGGCUGGCCGAAGCGGAUGACCACGAAGUUGUUAAAUCCUUGCAAGAGCAUUUCGCCGAUUUCCUGGUAAUAAACCCGGACUUUUGCCAUUUCAACAUUGGUUUCCCCAGACAGCGGAUCUGGAGCCACUCGCCAGAUCUUUGGAAUACGGAUGCGUUACAGCGGACCACAGAAGGUGUAAUUGCGCUAUUACUAUCCUUGAAAAAGAAUCCGUUGAUACGAUAUGAGAAAAACAGUUUAAUGGCUAAGAAGCUUGCUACCGAGGUCAGGUACCAGCUCACCCAGGAGGAACAACUGUUCAAUUUCAGAAAACCCGACACACCUCCGAUUCUACUUAUCCUUGACCGACGCGACGAUCCUAUAACUCCUUUGUUAACCCAAUGGACAUACCAGGCGAUGGUGCAUGAGGUGCUAGGAAUUACAAAUGGCCGGGUUGACCUAAGUGAGGUCCCAGAUAUCCGACCUGAACUUAGAGAAAUCGUUAUCGCCCAAGACCAAGAUCCAUUCUUCAAGAAGAACAUGUAUCAGAAUUUCGGCGACCUUGGUGGGAAUAUCAAGGAAUACGUUGAACAAUACCAGUCCAGGACGAAAACUAACAUGAGCAUCGAAUCUAUCUCCGACAUGAAACGAUUCGUCGAGGAUUAUCCUGAGUUUCGAAAGCUUUCUGGAAAUGUUAGCAAGCAUGUUGCCCUCGUGGGGGAGCUCAGUAGAAAUGUUGGAGAGCAUGACCUGUUGAACGUGAGCGAGCUGGAACAAAGCUUAGCCUGCAACGAUAAUCAUGCGAAUGACCUCAAGUCUCUCCAAAGAUUCAUCCAAUCCCCUACUGUGACGGUGGAAAACAAACUGCGUCUCGUUGCCCUUUAUGCCAUCCGUUACGAAAAACAACCUUCAAACACGCUCCCUGUCCUCAUCGACCUCCUCACAGCAGCUGGCAAUGUUCCACCACAUAAAAUAAGUAUAAUCCCGAAACUUCUGGCGUACCAUCAUUCUCUACAGGCACCCCCAGUUGCCGGCGGGUUUUCAGAUCUCUUCGAAUCAGCCUCCUUUCUAACUGGAGCGCGUGAUCGGUUCAAGGGUCUCAAGGGUGUAGAAAACGUCUACACCCAGCACUCUCCUCGUCUAGAAGCUACUCUUCAAAACCUGAUAAAAGGCAGACUAAAGGAGCUCCAAUAUCCGUUCUUGGAGGGCGGUGGACACACUCGAGACAAGCCGCAGGAUAUCAUCAUCUUCAUGGUCGGAGGAGUAACGUAUGAGGAAGCAAAGAUGGUAGCGCAGGUCAAUGCUAGCUCUCCUGGCAUCCGUGUUGUCCUAGGCGGGACCUGCGUUCACAAUAGCAGUACUUUCUUAGACGAAGUGGAAGAUGCUGUAGGGAAUUGGCCGGAGCCCCCCGCAACGACUGCGGCUGGGCGAUUGCGAUCAGAAAUUAAUCGAUAG